UUUAUCUGUGCGAAAACGUGAGUCGUACGCAGUGGUACGUUUCUCUACAUGUAUAUACGCACAAUUACAUAAGUACUGUGCUUUACGUGAUGUUGGCAGCGAAUUUGAUUGGCCGAAACUAACUAUAUACAGUUUCACCGAAGCCAACUUUGAUUGUGAACAAAUAAACGCUUGCGUAUAUAAACGCUCAGCUCAAUGCAAGAUUCGUUUUUGUUUCUGACGAAUGUACUUAAUAGUGUCUGAGCUGCCGAAAGCAUUUAUUUGCCGAAUUUCAAAUGAAUCAAACACGCAUUCCUCGAGAAACGAAAUUUGUGUCCCCGGCUGUGAACACUUCAGCUCCCCCGAAGUCCCUCGGACUUUCUGUUCCACUCAUCAAAAAACUUCUUCACGAAAAUGACCUCGAAACAAAACAAUGGAACCUUUAUCAGGUGUGUGAAACAAUCGUGAAGCCUGCCACUGCGUCCACGGGAUGUGCGUAUGUGGACCUAUAUGCCUCAGAGCGGGACGAGACCGGCCAACUUCUCGUAUCAGAAGCCACAUGUUUUGUUUCACACGCGUGGAGAUACGAACACUCCGGCUUUCUGAAAACCCUCUUGAAAUAUUCUCAGUCUAAAUCAACCUCCGAAUAUUUCUACAUCGACUGUUAUGUCUACCCCCAGCAUGGCGGCACGGUCAGCCCCGAUUAUCUGAAAAACGUGUUCGGCCAGCCGAUUCGCGACUCGGACCAUUUCGUGGCGGUCAUGUCUCCGUGGGACAACCCGGUACCACUCUCCAGAAUCUGGUGCAUCUACGAGUUUCACACUGCCAUAACUCACAAGAAGCCAUUCGAGGUCGUCUUCACGGCUGAAGAAGACGGGUCGUGGGCGGAAAACAUUACUGACACCGACCUCAUUGUCAGCAAAUACUCAGAAAUUGACAGCAGAAACGCAGAGGCCUCAAAACCAGCAGACAAGGCCAAUAUCCUGCAACUUAUCGAGGAAGGCGUGGGAACAAAAAAGUUGAACGCUGAAAUUAUGCAAAAAGUGCGAGAUCUGCUGGUGGACAAAUGCAUGGCAUACUUGGCUAAAGAACCGAGGUCGGGAGUCUUCCGAUUGGUGUGUGACUUUUCACCAUCGAAGACCCUGCUCGAGCAGAUUUUGGUGCAUAAACAGCGGGUUCUGGAUGAGGCCGGUGACGACGACGACGUUGCUCAUUUCCAUGUGGCCCGCGUGUGUCAACAGCUUGAGACGAGGAGUGACGCUCUGCAUCAUUACCAGCGGUAUGCAGAAAUACGGACAAGCAAGUUCGGUGAAAAACACGAGUCAUUGGCCAUCCCUUACAACAACAUGGCCAACACGCACUCUGCAAUGGGCAAUCACAAAGAGGCUCUCCAUCUGCACACGCUGAGUCUUGACAUCAGACUAGAGACGCUGGGGGAGCGGCAUCCGGAUGUGGCCACCUCUUACAACAACAUGGCCAAAACGCACUAUUCAAUGGGCAAUCACAAAGAGGCUCUCCGUCUGUUCACGCUGAGUCUUGACAUCAGACUAGAGACGCUGGGGGAGCGGCAUCCGAAUGUGGCCACCUCUUACAACAACAUGGGCAGCACGCACUAUGAUAUGGGCAAUCACAAAGAGGCUCUCCGUCUGUUCACGCUGAGUCUUGACAUCAGACUAGAGACGCUGGGGGAGCGGCAUCCGGAUGUGGCCGCCUCUUACAACAACAUGGCAAACACACACGAUGAUAUGGGCAAUCACAAAGAGGCUCUCCGUCUGUACACGCUGAGUCUUGACAUCAAACUAGAGACGCUGGGGGAGCGGCAUCCGGGUGUGGCCACCUCUUACAACAACAUGGCCACUACGCACUCUGCAAUGGGCAAUCACAAAGAGGCUCUCCGUCUGUACACGCUGAGUCUUGACAUUCAACUAGAGACACUGGGGCAGCGGCAUCCGGAUGUGGCCGCCUCUUACAACAACAUGGCAAACACGCACUAUGAUAUGGGCAAUCACAAAGAGGCUCUCCAUCUGCACACGCUGAGUCUUGACAUCAGACUAGAGACGCUGGGGGAGCGGCAUCCGAAUGUGGCCGACUCUUACAACAACAUGGCCGUUACACACGAUGAUAUGGGCAAUCACAAAGAGGCUCUCCGUCUGUACACGCUGAGUCUUGACAUCAAACUAGAGACGCUGGGGGAGCGGCAUCCGGGUGUGGCCACCUCUUACAACAACAUGGGCCUCACGCACAAAGCAAUGGGCAAUCACAAAGAGGCUCUCCGUCUGUACACGCUGAGUCUUGACAUUCAACUAGAGACACUGGGGCAGCGGCAUCCGGAUGUGGCCGCCUCUUACAACAACAUGGCAAACACGCACUAUGAAAUGGGCAAUCACAAAGAAGCUCUCAGUCUGCAUACGCUGAGUCUUGACAUUAAACUAGAGACACUGGGGCAGCGGCAUCCGGAUGUGGCCACCUCUUACAACAACAUGGCCACUACGCACUCUGCAAUGGGCAAUCACAAAGAGGCUCUCCGUCUGGAAACGCUGAGUCUUGACAUUAAACUAGAGACGCUGGGGGAGCGGCAUCCGGAUGUGGCCACCUCUUACAACAACAUGGGCCUCACGCACAAAGCAAUGGGCAAUCACAAAGAGGCUCUCCGUCUGUACACGCUGAGUCUUGACAUUCAACUAGAGACACUGGGGCAGCGGCAUCCGGAUGUGGCCGCCUCUUACAACAACAUGGCAAACACGCACUAUGAUAUGGGCAAUCACAAAGAGGCUCUCCAUCUGCACACGCUGAGUCUUGACAUCAGACUAGAGACGCUGGGGGAGCGGCAUCCGGAUGUGGCCACCUCUUACAACAACAUGGCCACUACGCACUCUGCAAUGGGCAAUCACAAAGAGGCUCUCCGUCUGGAAUCGCUGAGUCUUGACAUUAAACUAGAGACGCUGGGGGAGCGGCAUCCGGAUGUGGCCACCUCUUACAACAACAUGGGCCUCACGCACAAAGCAAUGGGCAAUCACAAAGAGGCUCUCCGUCUGUACACGCUGAGUCUUGACAUUCAACUAGAGACACUGGGGCAGCGGCAUCCGGAUGUGGCCGCCUCUUACAACAACAUGGCAAACACGCACUAUGAUAUGGGCAAUCACAAAGAGGCUCUCCAUCUGCACACGCUGAGUCUUGACAUCAGACUAGAGACGCUGGGGGAGCGGCAUCCGGAUGUGGCCACCUCUUACAACAACAUGGCCACUACGCACUCUGCAAUGGGCAAUCACAAAGAGGCUCUCCGUCUGUACACGCUGAGUCUUGACAUCAAACUAGAGACGCUGGGGGAGCGGCAUCCGGGUGUGGCCACCUCUUACAACAACAUGGGCCUCACGCACAAAGCAAUGGGCAAUCACAAAGAGGCUCUCCGUCUGUACACGCUGAGUCUUGACAUUCAACUAGAGACACUGGGGCAGCGGCAUCCGGAUGUGGCCGCCUCUUACAACAACAUGGCAAACACGCACUAUGAAAUGGGCAAUCACAAAGAAGCUCUCAGUCUGCAUACGCUGAGUCUUGACAUUAAACUAGAGACGCUGGGGGAGCGGCAUCCGAAUGUGGCCACCUCUUACAACAACAUGGGUGUGCUUUAUAAAAACACCGGCGAGUUGCAUUUAGCCCUGGAUUGUCUCACUAAAGCAAUGACCAUACGAACAGGCACACUGCCCGACAAUAAUCCAUAUCUGAAAAGUACACGUGCUGAGAUGGAGAUUGUCAAGAAUCGCUUGCAGACACAACAAACACAUGUGCUUCCAUCUUCUCCGACGGGAAAUGAGGAGACUGCUCAAUCGACCGUUGUUGGAGCUGUUGGACAAUCGGAUGAAUCUGUCUCGGCCACCAGAACACGGCAGUCUUCUAGUUUUUGCAGAUUUCUUUGACCAUUUCUCAACCAAUCGAGACACGCCUUCCCAUAACCCAUAUUGGGAAACAACAGCGGUCUCUUGCUGACAUUUUCAUGAUCUCGCAAAGCCUGAACUCAUUUUUGCCUAGCAAAUAACAUAUUCUCCUGCUCACUUGUAAAUUUGUUCUAUUUAGUACUUGUACAGUAUUUUGUAUAUAAAGAGUUAAAUUAGUUUCUGCUACA